UUCGGGCUCUGGGGGGCGGCGCUGCUGCUGCGGGGACCCCGCGCGGCGCUGGGGGGGCGGCGGCGGCGACCCCCGGAACCCGCGGGGGGCUGCGGGGAGCACCGGUACCUGCGGCUGAGGGGCUCGGGGCUGCGUCUCCACUACGUCACUCGGGGCCCCCCCGGCGCCCCCCUGGUGCUGCUGCUCCACGGCUUCCCCCAGAACUGGUCCUGCUGGCGUCACCUGAUGCAGGAGUUCAGCCCCCGGUUCCGGGUGGUGGCCCUGGACCUGCGGGGCUACGGGGACUCGGAGAAGCCCCCGGGCAGGGACAGCUACCGCCUGGAGCUGCUGCUCGGGGACAUCCGCGACGUCAUCGAGGCGCUGGGGACACCGCGGGGGACACCGCGCUGCGCCCUGGUGGGACACGACUGGGGAGGGGUCCUGGCCUGGGAGGUGGCCUCGAGUCACCCGAACCUGGUGGAGAAACUGGUGGUGAUGGACGCGCCGCAGAGGGGAGUGAUGGCAGAUUUCAUGCUCCGUCACCCAUCGCAGCUGCUCCGCUCCUGUUACAUUUUCCUGUUCCAGCUGCCCUGGCUGCCCGAGCUGCUCCUGUCCCUGGACGACUUCCAGAUGCUGAGGACGUUCCUGUGCAGUUCCCGGACCGGGAUCCAGGACCCGGCCCGGCGGCUCUCGGAGCGGGACCUGGACUCGUACCUGGGGGGGCUGGGCCAGCCCGGGGGGCUCAGCCCCCCCAUCCACUACUACCGGAACCUCUUCCGGGACACGCCCAUCCCCCGGGAGCCGCCCCCUCCCCCCACGCUGCUGCUCUGGGGUUCCCGCGACGCCUUCCUGGACCCGCGCCUUGGCCCCGCCCACCUGCGCUGGCUCCGCCCCUCGGCGCGGCUCCGCGUCCUGCCCGGCGCCUCCCAUUGGCUGCCCGAGGAGAGGCCCCGCCUCCUGGCAGAGCUGAUUGGACAGUUCCUCGAGGGAGGGGGCGGGGCGGAGGCGUAG